AUGGCAGAGAAGAAUGUGUUGGACCACCUGACCGGGAUCCGAAGCUUGCUGGCCUUGUGGAUUGUAUGUGGACACUACAUGCCCCGGGCCCCCAGCCUGGGCGUCCUACAGGCUGCGACGUGCCGCUCCUUCAUGGCAGUGGACUUCUUCGUCGUUAUGAGUGGCUUCAUCACGCACUGGUCCUAUGGGAAGCGCUUGAGAACCGGUGAGCUGAGUGUAGGGGGAUUUUACAUCCGCCGUCUUUCGUAUAUCAUCCUGACGACCUACGUGGCCAUGACGAUGAGCAUUCUGGUGGUCCUUGUGGUGCCAGCAUACAGGAGCAGCUUCAUGCCCAGUGCCUGGACGCUCCUGAGCUGCUUCGGAUUCGUGGCCCACUGGAUCCGUCCAUCCACUUGGUGUCCGGCACCUCCGUCAUGGACGAUUGAAGCAUUGAUCCCCAGCUGGCUGCUUUAUCCCUUCUUGCGGAGGCUGCUAGAGCGCAUCGAUGCGCAGCAUGGCAGUGGAGCUUUGUUGCUGUCUGCAUUGCUGGUGUACUUGGUCUCCUUCGGGCCGCUGUUUGCUCUGUACCUCCAUCAGGGAUAUCAGCUCACGUGGGGACAGUAUGCCACGGACUUCAUGUGGCCACCAGCGCAGUUGGGCGACUUUGCAAUAGGCGUCAUCACAGCGAUCUGCAGCCAAAAGGAUGAGAGCAGCGAAGGAUGGAUUGGGAAGGCCGUGCUUGCCGAUGUCUCCUUGCUGGCUUGUGUGGGUCUCGUCCUUUUCCUACCUCCUCCUGCAACACAUGCAGAGUGCGAGGCCAACUCCAGUGCUCUUCUCACUCACGGUCUUGCCUUGGCUAUUGCUGCCUUCAUCUACGGCUCCCGGAAAGGAGGGAUCUGCGCUUUCUUCCUGAGCCAUCCUGCGCUGGUCUCUCUGGGAAAGUAUAGUUUUGAAGUGUAUCUCUUCCAGUGGCCUCUGCUCGCGAUGUUCCGGCAGCUUUGCCAGCAGUGGCCCUUGGCACCAGAUGCCUUCAUGGCCUUCUUGCUUCUCCUGUGGCUCGUCGCCGGGACGUAUGUUGAAGUUCUGGCACCACUCAUAAACGUUGGCGUGCGCCGCCUGGCUGCUUCAGAGACCUGA